GGUUAAUUCUUUCUCAUGCGGUGGCAGCUUGUAGUCUCAAAAAUGCAGUUUGGAAAACAGAGCUAAACAUUUGUGUGAUGCGUCUUCUGACAUCUGGGGAAAAGAGAAUAACAUAAUUUGUAAAGUAUUAUACUCGAUGAGGGCACUGAUGGAGCUGUUAUUGCAAUAUUCUGCAGUUUAAUGAGCAAGUAUCAGUGGCUUUUUGGGCUAAUUCACAAAUUCUGAGAAAAAUAAGUGUUCCAGUUCCAAUAUAACAAAACCUGGAUUUAUUUUUGAUGCAACUGGGCAACUGGAGUCCUACAUGUUCAGGCAGCAUCAUGUUUCAAUUAUGUUCAGUUAUGUUAUAUUCCCCACAGUAAUUGCAUUAACAUUCAUUCCUUUUGCGUUACGAGCGAGGGUGGGAAGCGUGGUUUCAUUAAUGCAUAUGAGACACGUCUGUGCCAUCAGUGUUAUUUAUGGUCUAUGAUUCACUGUGGCAGAGCGGGGGUCGCAGUAAGCACAAGGUCUGCAGUUCAAAUGGCUUUGUUACAAGGUGUUUUCACAGCAGAUGCUUCCCAAGAACCUUUUGAGGAACUCUAGUAUUAAACCUAGGGGACUAAACCUAGUUCCUGUAGGAUAAUUCCAGGUGCCAAGAUGGGCCAGGGGGUUUGCAAGUCUACAAUCACUGAUUGGUCAAUUGUGGAUGCUUCUGCUUGUUGUUUGUUCCAAAUUUUCCCCUUACAAUAAACAACAAUUUCCUGUAGAACAAUAACUUCUGCCUCUCAGACCAGAACACACACAGCAUGGAAGUGCGACUUACUCUGGUCAUGAGUGUGUCCUUUCAAUACUGAAACGAAAAGCUCUUCCUCUGCGAGCCCAAUUUACUGUAAACAAUUUUCAACUUCUUGCAACUGUUUAUUCAUCUUCAGGGGUUGGGACAGGUGUCCAUUGUCCUCUACAAUUUAUUAUUUUCUUCAAAAAACUUACAAAUGUUCAUCCUGCUGUGCAGUUGUCAUUGUUGGGCAUCUUUGAGUGUUUUAAAAUGAGUUACUAGUAAAUAACAGAGGCACCUUCACUUUCAGUUAUCGAGGUGUAAUCCCAAAGCUGCUACAAAUUUGAGCAGUUUUGCAAAAAUGGGAAGUAAAGCUAAGGUAUGAAAACUCAAGCUGGUUCGCACGAUGACAGAAGUGUAACGACAAACCGCAAGAGAACAAACACAUGCAUGCAGGCAAAUGAUUGAAGAAACACAUGCAUGGAAUCCACAGAAGCCACACCGCUGAGACAAAUAUAUACACAGGAAGUGCCUCCUACUCCAUUGCCUCUACUUGCUAUGUCUCUCUCUCUCUCUCUCUGUCUCUCUCUCUCUCUCUCUCUCUCUCUCUCUCUCUCUCUCUCUCUCUCUCUCUCUCUCUCUCUCUGAACGUUACUCAUGGCAGUGUGUUGCUGAGCAGCAGCCAGUCGUGUUUUUCCCCUCGCCAAGCUCACUCUCUCUCUCUCAUCCUCUGCUCUGACUGUCUUGCACGCUCUCUUUGGCUCGGUGGACAGGCGAGACUCUCCUGCUCCUCUUCUCUUAUUGUCUGUUAUUUCAUUCCUCUUCUUUUAUCUGUUGCUUUUUUUCCCCAUUUCUCCCUCUUUCUCCUCUAACCCCUGUGCCAGGAGCAUUAGUGGGGGUCCCGGAGUGUGUGUUUGAGAGUGUGUGUGUGUGAGUGUGUGUGUGCUGGGGGGGGUUUGGCAUGGAAGCAGUGGCACUGUAUACGUUUCGUGCCACUGAGGGCGAUGAACUCAGUUUCAACAAAGGAGACUUACUUAAGAUCACCAACAUGGAGGAUGAUCCGAACUGGUACACAGCUGAGCUCCACAACAGAAAAGGCUUUGUGCCAAAAAACUACAUCAACCUGCGGCCACAUGCCUGGUUUGCCGGUCGUAUAUCUCGCGGGGUGGCAGAAAGUCGACUCAGGCACAGGGAGUGUGGAGCUUUUUUGGUCAGAGAGAGUGAGAGCGCUCCUGGGGAGUUUUCCAUGUCUGUCAGUUAUGGGGACCAUGUUCAGCACUUCAAGGUGCUGCAGGAUCGGUGUGCUCAGUACUACGUGUGGGAUGAACUCUUCUCCUCGCUGAAUGAGCUGGUGGAGUUCUACCAUAGCAACAGCAUUGCUAAGGAGAGGACUGUCUUUCUGAGGGACCCCGAGCACUUUGCCAGGCGUCCUCACCACGCCCACGCUCUCUUCGACUUCACCGGUCACCACCCCUCCCAGUUACGCUUCCUGCGUGGUGAUGUCAUUGAACUAAUUGACUGCUCUGAUUCGCUGCGCUGGAGGGGUCGUUGCCAUGGACGCGUAGGCUCCUUCCCCCCGGAGUAUGUCCAGCCCAUUUACCAACAAUGACCUGACAUGUCAAUCAAACACACAACCCGCAGUCUCAUCAGUGAGCUGUCUUGACCCCGUCCCCCUCACACUGCUCCCCUGCUCUUCACUUGCCCGUUUUUGGGGGUUUUCUUUUUUGUUUUUGGAGUGGACUGACGAGCUGCCACUGAACUGCUCAUUAUGUGACUGACUGCUCCCAUUUUACCUGUGAAGCCACCUGUCAAUCACAAGCCUUGCCCAAUCAGCUGCUACAGGCUCAUUCAUCGCUUCUACCUGAUUCCACAACUGCACUCUUCAAACAUGUAAAAAUAAAUAUUCCAGAUAUGGACCUAUACACUGUGGAGAACUCAUACUCACACACACACACACACACACACACACACACACACACACACACACACACACACACACACACACACACACACACACACACACACACACACACACACACACACACACACAGACAAACACACACACAGACAGAUAGACAGACAGACAAACACUCCCAGGCAUAAUCAUUUAUUACAGCUUAUCAGGACUGGUGCAGACUAAAUAAAGGCACCACACACACACACACACACACACCAACCUGAUGGAAAAUAGUGUGUGGCCCACGGGAGCUUGGGUUUUCUCCACUGUGGAUGAGUCAGGAUUUGCUCCAGUAUUUUACCGCUGUUCCAAUGAAGAGAUCUGGUCAGUUGAGCAGAGAAACACAGAGAGUCAUUGUGUGAAUAUUUGGGCCAGACACUCGGAGUAUACUGACACGGCAGAUUCCUCUCUCUCGCUCUCUGGGUUGGUGUGUGUGUGUUUGUGUUUAAGUGUGUGUGAAGGGGUUUGUGUAUAAAAUGUGAGUCUGAGUUGAGUGUGUUGUGUGCUAAUGAGAAAGUGAAUGCAUGUGUGUAAGAGUUUGGUGGGGUUGGUGUGUGUGUGUGUGUGUGUGUGUGAGUUUGUGUGUUUGUGUGUACACAGCCCUGUGCUCUUUGGACCAUGAAAUGAACACUGCACAGACACUGCUUAAAAUGUAAUGCUCGAUUCAAUUGUCCAUUUCAAUUUAUGGAUCAUUUCUUUCUUUCUAUGUAUUUAUUCUCAUUCAUGUAUAAUCUUAAAAACAUAUAUUGCAAGUAAAUAAGAUUGAACAUUGUAUAAAGGUUUUGUUUCAGUUUCAACAAAUAGAUUAAGAAAACCACAUUUUAUGUGAUUAACAGUAAGAACUUGGACUGGUCUUCCUUAACCUGUAAUGACAAAUCAUAUAAAUAAAGGGAGAA